CUGCUAGAUAGUUGUUUACAAAUAAAAAUGAAUUAUACUUCCUCUACAAAGAUGAAAGAUGCAACGACUUCAACACCACAUCGAAUCAAAACCUCAGAGACACAGACUGAAGCACAGGACAGUGCAGCAAAACAGGUCUUGGACAGCCAUGACAAACGACAAAAGCCACUGUCCAAGCCUGGACUAUCUCUGGAGAAAAAAAAUGAACUUGAGAAACAGAGAAGGCAUGUCCUGAUCAAUGAGCACAACAGACUAACGUUUGCUGUGAAGGAAAAAGAAGCUAAGCUGAAAGAACUGCAGGAGUUUUUGGAAGCAAAGAACCUUGCACCUACAACUUACAAUAGUGAAGACACAUUAAAGCAGCGUAUAAGAGAACUGGAGAACAACCUUGACAAGAUGAAGAUAAAGAUCAUAGAGGCGAGGAAAAUCCAGACUGUCUAUCAGCACAUUCGUGAGCACCUACAGGAGGAGGUCUGUCGUAUGUCCAAGGACCUAGACCAGACGGAGCUUGCAGUUGCCCUUGGAGAGGCAGAGGUGGACAAAGCAAGCAAGCAGGUUGAGUCAGCAGCUGCUGCUGCACACAGCAUAAUGGAUCUAGUUAACAAGGUAGUGUCACAACGAGCCACCAAGGAGCAGCUCCUCAUUGAGGUAACGCAGUAUAAAGAACUAAUCAGGCAAGAAGCCGAAACCCUGGCUGAUCUGGAGGUCCAAUACACCGAACUGAAGUUCAGUGAGAAACCUGCAACUACAUGGUUUGACAAGCUGAAAGAACAAUUGCAGGCAUGGCUGAAUCAGGAAGUGGACCGUGUUCAACGACUGCAGGCCGAGCUAAAGCAGUCUCAGGAUCUGUUGGACAGUGUUGAGUUCGGGGUCAACAACUUCUACUUCAGGAUGAGCUGUGUAGCCUUGGAGGAGCUGCCCAGUGCAUUCAGUACUGACAGCUUAGACAAACUAAGGGAUAUCAGCGCCCGUCUACCAACAUUACAACAAAGAGCAUUAGAGAAGGAACCUGAGAUUAGCGGCCUGGACCAAGAUAAGGUUUAUGAUUUGUUAGAAGAGCUUAACAUGAUGGAGUUGAAGAACAACAAGAGACCAACCACCCCUAUAGGCACUCCCCAGCUUAGUGAUGAUGAAGAAGAGUGCUCUCCAUCCCGCGAGGAGAUCAAACGACGCAGCAUUAGACUGAUUGAAUCCAGGCAGAACAGGAGGUCCGCGAGGAAAGCCUGCAAGAAGUAGUAGAGGGACAGACCACACAGUGGGUAGAAUCAGGCUUGUGA